UCGAUUGGAACCCUGGGAAAGUUACAACUGGAUGUGGCUGCUAGUGUCGAAGUGUGUGUGAAUUCUACCCAAUUUUUUAACAGUUUCAUCGAAACUAUGUCACAGCCGUUCGAACAAGUGGCUAAGCAGUUCGUAGAAUAUUACUACAGUGUCUUUGACUCAAAUAGGAAUAAUUUGGCUCCACUUUAUCAACCGGGGUCGAUGUUAACCUUUGAAGGAGCCCAGAUCCAAGGGACAGAGGCUAUCGUUGCGAAACUUGUGUCUAUGCCCUUCCAACAAGUGUUACAUGUGAUUACAUCACAAGAUGCCCAACCACUUCCUAAUGGUGGCAUUAUCGUAUUUGUCAUGGGGCAGCUGAAGGCAGAUCAAGACCCACCGUUGACAUUCAGCCAGUGCUUCACACUCUUUCAAACUACCGAAGGCUCAUAUUAUGUUCAAAAUGAUAUGUUCAGAUUAGGGUUACACAAUGGUUGAACUGUUAUAACACUAUUGUGCUACACUGCUCCAAUAACAAGAUACAAAGAAGUAAACUGUGGAUACCUAGGAAACUAAUUACAGAUUAUGCCAGUCAGCUUAGGUAGCCAAAGUUAUACCAUCAGUUUUUUUUACAAGAUGUAAAAUUGUAGGUUUCGGAUCUUUCAAGAGCAAGGCCAUUAUUGCUUCUUCUGAAAAGUUGGAGAUUGCAAUGGUCCCAUAAAAGUAUAAUAUAAUAAACUGUUUCUUUUUCA